GUUAUUAGCAAGCGGCGUCGAUGGUAGGGUGGUUAUAUGGCAUACCUAGGUCCAGCUAGAGUCACAAAGAGAGCAUGUCAAAAUGUCUCACGACUUCUGUGGCUCUAUAUUUGUUUUACGCGUAGUAUCCGGUCUUUCAUGUUCCCGCACCUGCUCGAAGUAGCCGUCUAGCUAAUCUCUACCGCUGUAUAAGACGCUGGAAAUGCAUGGACAGCCUUAAUAAAUCUCCUCCAUUUGUCUUUUUCUAUAAAUAAACGAACUUCACAUCCAGGCUUUCUAACCUCCCUAGCCAUGUGGCUUCAGCUUAAUCGUGUCAAAUUCCUAUGAGAUCGUCAAGAAAAUCCAUCUAGUUGGGAAUUUCUAACCUACCUCCUCGAUAUUAUCCGCCUAGGGAAAUUCGACCAUGGACCUACGAGAGUCGAGGGUGUCCUCUACAUGCAGGCAGCAUCGGACCCAGACGUCUACCUACCCUGCUUGGAGGUAUGCCGCGGACCGACCGCCUAGCCCUGAUCAAGCAUGCCAGCAUGCCACGUCGCCGAACGGCCAAUUUUUCCCCGAGCGCGAGAGCAGGCACUGGAGGAUUGAGCCACUAAAUGACUAUCCUGUUGGAUCUCUUCAGACGACAGUAAACCACAUUCAGGCUCCCUCACCCUGGGCGCAUGCUCAGAACAACAAUCCUGACGCAGCAUCAAGCCAUCACUCCCGGCUGGUGCCCCCAUCCCCAGAGUUACAGGCAGAGCUCACGCGAGACUCCUCACGGCCGACUAACGGCGAUCUCCCGAAGCAUACUUCACCCAGCGACGACGGUCAAACUGCUAGCACCCGUAGCAGCUACCCUGGACAAGGCGACCACGUCAGCACUGUUGUCGGUGCCGUGCAUGACAUCUGCUUAGAGUCCACGAAGACAUACCUAGAUACACACCGGAUAAAUCGCCGAGCGAGAGCCGGCCGUUCGUCGAUGUCAUACGCGGAUAGCUUCCAGCGGUGGGCGAGUCGGGGGGGAAAUGACGAACCCGACACUACCGACAACGGCGUGGACGACCGCCUGUGCACAGUCCCCACAUCGUCAGACUCGCUUCUUAGCAACAUUAGUAGAAUCUGCACCAUGCUCUGGGUGGGGUCGCAGCGAGACCGGCUUGACGUUCUGGAUGUCGAGCGCUUGGCCGUCGAUAAUAUGGCCCGCCUCCUGUCAUGGGCGGAGACGGUUGUGCUGGGCGAAUACGACGAGUGGGAGGCGUCCAGCGAGGCGACCGCCUGGCGUGUCUUCGAGGCAGGCCGGAACCUUUGCGCCUUACUUGGGGUUACAGACGGGGUUCACGCUAUGGAUAGCUUGAGAGACGAAAUAACAGGGUCCGAGCCCUGGAGGGUUCCAACCCCUGUACCGAGGUCCAGUUGGUGAGCAUCGGAGUGUGUAUUUCAGUAAGGGGAAACAGGGGACGAAGAUGUCACUACAUAUUGACCCGCGCCCGUUACCCGGUAGUUUUAUCUAGAAACGGCAGCGGGGGGUCUGACAACAGAGCCUUGUACAUACGUCCGUGACGGAGGAACUUUUAGAGGUAGAGACAAAGACAAUAAACACACCACGUGGCUGCUACCAGCCAGACGUUAGUUUGAA